UUCCUUGCCUAAAAGAACCUGGCUCAACAUGUGGGUGGUAUGCCUGGAAAUACAGCAUAUCCUUCAAAAUGGGGAAUUUCAGGCAGCAGUUACGCAUUGCUGGGUCAGUGGAGCUUUCUGUGCACAAAAGGUCAGCCUCCGGGGAUUCCAAGAGACCACAGAAAGCCAUGAGGUCAGAGGUGAACUUUCUGCCAGAACACCCUCAGAACAGAACCAUGGAAAUGCUUGAACAAGACCGAAACGAUUUACAGAGUGAAAUGAAGAAAAAGAACGUGGACUGGAAGAAAGUCGAUGCCCUUAUGGACAGCACCUUUUCACUGAGGAGGAAGGAGGUCAUCAGAGAGGAGCCUUUGGUCAAAGAUCUCAAAACCAGAUGGCCAGCGUUGUUCACAGAGCGGCAGAUUGAAGCAGAAUUCAGACGGAUUGUCUCCAAGAACCUGAAGCAGUCAUUUUUUGACGGCCUGGAUGAGUUGGUCCCAAGAUUUCUGCGUGUUUACAGACAGAGGCAGUCAGUGAAGGAACUUCCGGCUAUCCUCACCUCUCUUGAUGAUGAUCCAAAUGAGGAGAAUGAAGCGGUCAAGGGAAUGGACGUGGGAAUCCUCAUCCUUACAGAGAAUGAACAGCGCCCUCUCCCCAAGGAGGUGAUCGAUGUCGCACUUGCCCUGGAGGAGGAUGUCGUUCUCCGAAACCUCAAAGAUGUGCCUCACGCGUUUUCAUUGCUGAUGGGUCUGCUUUAUGGUCUCAACAUCCACUACCCAAAAGGACUCAGGUACAUGUUUGAGAUCAUACAGAAGGUGAUAAUGAAGAUUGGCGCAGAGUCUUGCUCCUCAAGAGUUAAUGGUGUCCGGAACAGGCUCAUGUCCACACACAUGUGA